AUGUCCAUGGCCUCCAUGUCAACAGACACCCAUCUCUCUCUAACAAUUCUGCAUGUCUCUGAAGUGAAAUGGAGCUCAAUCCUUCGUAGCAAAUUACCGAACCUUUACGUUCAGGUAGAGCUUGGUAAUGAGAGCUGGAGAACGAAAACUAUUAAGAAGAAUUUGUCGCCUGAAUGGAACGAACGUCUUUCAUUCGAAAGGCCGCCUGCAUCUGAAGGAACAAGAUUCAGCAUUCAGAUCAAACAUGAUUCGUCUCGUUGGGCGGACAAAUAUGUAGGUAAGGCUGAUGUGGAGCUUGGUGACUUGUUAGAUAGGUGUGCCGAUGGCAAAGAAACAGUGCUUCGCCUUAACAUGCCUCAUGGGUCAGAAUCUACAGAAAUUGCAGCUAUCCUGCAUUUACGUAUAGAGGCUAUCGAUGCUCUGGCAAGUGUUAGCCAUAAUAUCAGUUCUGCGGAGCAAGCGAUCCAGCAGGGCGGAAUUCCAAGCUCAGCGGUUGCUGCGGAUGCGACAGCUGUUGGAGACCAUGCUGUUGGAUACUCUGACCUAUAUCGGAGUGUUGGGGAGCUUGUUUCCAAGUUGGACCUCUUUGUUAGGGUCGUCGAUACAUUAUCCCAGGUCCACCCGUACGUCAACUUUGCAUGGCGAGUGGUUUCUGCGUUGUACAAGAGCAUCAGCCAUCAGUUCGAAGUUGACAAAAAGAGUGUUGAACUUAUGGGUGUCAUGGAGGACGCCUUCAAUUUCGUUCACGAAGCGGACUCGCUGCGAAGCAAGACCCAAUAUCUUGAGUCAGCCAUAAUCCAACUUUUGAAGCAGACCGAUGAAUGCUGCCUUUUCGUUCAGGAAUAUGCACGCCAUGCAUUCAUAGGACGAAUGCUCAAGAUGGAUGUGAACAGAAAAGUCGACGAAUUCACGGAGUCCUUGCACUUACUCAAGCAAUCGAUUGACUCGGGUGUUAUCAUUCAUACCGCCUUUGUCUCGUUGCACAUGUCUUCAGAAAUUAAUACUAUAUUUCUGUCGGACCGACUACACCCAGAAAGGAUGGACGCGUUUAACCGGCCGCAAUGCCUUCCUGGAACACGAACAGAAAUCAUAAAGCAGGUUGUGGACUGGGCUUUAUCAGACUCAAACCAGAAUGUCUUCUGGCUACAUGGUGCCGCGGGAUCUGGCAAGAGCACUAUCAGUACGACUAUCGCGGAACAUUUCCGUGGCAUAUCCCGUCUUGGUGCCCAUCUGUUUUUUGAGCGCGGAAAGAGUGACCCUAGCGGCGCCGUUCGAACUCUGACAUAUAAGCUCGCCACGUUUGACUCAACCGUGGAAGAAAAUGUCAUUGCAGCCAUUAAGCGGGACAACGAUAUUGCUCAGGCUACCGCGACGACCCAAGACGCCAUGCAGGGACAAGUUGUCAUAGUCCUUGAUGCGCUAGAUGAGUGUGGAACCGAGAAAUCGAGGCAUAGCUUAAUGCAGACAUUUCGAAAAGGACUGCCAUCGCUGCCGAAGAACUUCCGAUUUCUCAUCACAAGUAGGAGAGAAUCAGACAUCGACCAUACCUUCUCUUCUGCGGACAACGUCUGUGCUGUCGGACUAGAUCAUACUUCAACUACUUGCAGAAGUGACGUUCUUCAUUAUAUUGACUAUGAACUGCGAAACGUGUUCUCGGAUAAAGCGCUACGGACUCCUGAUGAUUGGCAAUAUUGGAUGGAUCGUCUUAUCGAAGCGUCGGAGGGCCUGUUCGUGUGGGCAUCAACAGUUGUGAAACUGGUGGAUUGCGACAAUCCGGCUCGGACACUACGGGACCUUGUGUCACAUUCAUCAAAUCUUUCAGGCCUCGAAUAUGACUCUGUUCUUAGGGGCUCGGGUAUCGUAUUCAGUAGCGAGGCUUCUAAGGAGCGUUUUUCCCAAGUCCUUGGCCUCAUACUCCUCAGCAGAGUUCCACUUCCUGACGAUACAAUCGACGGGCUCCUCGGAUAUUCAGUCGAUGAGCCAUCGCGGCUUGUUUUAUCGCGUUUACAAUCAGUGCUCGUGUAUACUCCAGCGUCACCGAUCCACUUCUUUCAUACUUCCUUUCGCGAUUACUUAUCAUCGCCCAAGAGAUAUAAUGAUCCUUGGAUCAUUGACCUCGAUGUCCAGAAGAAUUUGAUCACCACGCGAUGCUUUAGUGUCAUGGCGGAUAGGCUCCGGUUCAACAUCUGCGACAUCAAAUCAUCGUAUAUCCCUAACGAUCAGAUCCCCGAUCUUUCGGAUCGCAUUAAAGCUAAUAUUCCUCCACAUUUGGAAUACGCAUGCAUGUUCUGGACACAGUACUUACACGAGGCACAGUUUUCGCACCAGCUGUUGAACGAGCUGUCAGAGUUUCUUCACAAACGCUUUCUGUAUUGGCUCGAGGUGAUAAGCCUCUUGAAAAAGGUCAAUACCGCUAGUCCAGCACUCCUUGCCGUGAAUUGGGUCUCGUCGCACAAUGCAGAUGUACUAGCGUACCUCAGAGAAGCACGCAGAGUGAUUACUCUAUAUUCUCCCUGUAUUUCGCAGUCCAUACCUCAUAUCUACAUUUCCGCCCUCCUGUUCGCAUCGACGGAGUCGAAGUUCAUGUCGCACUAUUUGAAACCUGACUUACCUUUUGUGCAAAUUGAGCAAAGAGGUGUCAAGCGGCAGUCACCACUUUUGAAGGUACUCACAGGACAUAGCGCACCCGUCACUUCAGUUGCUUUCUCGCCAGACGGAUCACGUGUUGCGUCUGGCUCCUUGGACAAGACAGUCCGAGUUUGGGACGCAGAAAUUGGGCGCAUCAUUUCUGACCCUUUUGAAGGGCAUACAGAAUGGGUUCGGUCUGUUACUUUCUCACCUAACGGCGUACGCAUCACCUCCGGAUCCGACGACAAGAUGGUUAGAAUCUGGGAUAUUCAAAGCGGGCAAACCAUUUCUGGACCUUUUGAAGGGCAUGUAGAUUCAGUCUUGUCAGUUGCUUUUUCGCCAGAUGGGACCCGCGUUGUCUCUGGCUCAGCUGACAAGACCAUCAUAGUCUGGAAUGCUGAUACUGAACAGUUUAUUUCUGGACACUUCAGAGGGCAUACAGACGAAGUCGGAUCCGUUACCUUCUCACCAGACGGGAAAUACAUUGCCUCUGGCUCCGAUGACAAAACAAUUCGAAUCUGGGAUGCAAUGGCAGGGUCUGUCGUUUCCGAACCCUUACGAGGGCACAAAGGCAUUGUCACUUCCGUUGCUUUCUCACCUUGCGGAACACGCGUUGUAUCCGGCUCCAAUGAUGGAACUGUCAUAAUAUGGUAUGUUAACAGUGGGCAAGUCAUCUUUGGGCCAUUCGAAAGACACACUCGGAGUGUGUGGUCUGUUGCUUACUCACCCAGCGGACAGCGUGUCGUCUCUGGCUGCAGUGAUCGGACAGUGUGGAUCUGGGAUGUUGAGAGUGAGCAGGUCGUUUCUAGAUGUUUAACUGGACACACCGAGUGCGUACGGUCCGUUGCAUUCUCCCCGGACGGAACCCGCGUUAUUUCAGGCUCCGAGGACUGCACAGUUCGAAUUUGGGUCGCCGAAAGUAUGCAAGAGGUUCCUGCGGGUUUUGAAGAGCAUGUCGGCAAAUUAUUCCCAGCUGCUUUCUCUAUCGACGGAAGAUGCGUUAUGACUGACUACGAUGCUGGGGACUUCCGAAUUUGGGAUUCUGAAUAUAGUUGCUGA